AAAAUCUCAACGCAGUGCAGGGAAGAGUAAGAUCACCUCCUGCCUAGGGAAGGAACAACUGUCAAGAAAUGCAAUGCGCUCCCAAGCCACUCUUUGCCAGCUGGCUCAUAAAGCAAGUAGAGUCAGGCCAGUAUGAGGGUCUGCGCUACGUCGCUCCCAACAAGAUCCGAAUUUCCUGGAAGCACAACUCCAAAAGGGACUGCAGUGAUGUAGACACUAAAAUAUUUCAUGAAUGGGCAGUUGUCAGUGGUAAAAUCAGUCUAUACCCAAACGAUAAGGCAAGGUGGAAAACAAACUUUCGCUCCAACCUGAACCUUCACUUCAAACUGAUUGAAGAUAACUCCAAGACUCCAGACCCUCAUAAAAUCUAUGAGAUUAUCAACACUAAGAGCAAGGACGACAGUACACAGAAUAAACAAGACUCAUGGGAGGUGUCUGACAUGAUUAUUGACCUCUACGGGGAUCCCCCAGAGCAACAAUUUGUUGAAAAUUAUAUCAGUUAUACAACAGACUAUUUCCAACAACAUCCAAUUGUCCAGGGAAACUAUUCUGUUGCUCCAAUAACUGAGAAUGACCCUCAUCUUUUAACAAUAAAUCCAUAUCUUCCUCAAUAUCAGAGUAUUGACUUGGAGGUCUCCAUCCACUACAGAAAUAGACAAAUGCUAAAGACUAUAGUGAACACAGCUCGUCUCCAACUGCACUACCUCCAACAGGCCUUUCAGAACAACUCCUAUUCUCUGUGCUUCCCCACUACUGAAGGCCUGCUGGACCACAAGCAGAUUAAAUACACCAAUCGCAUCCUGAACAGUAUCCAGAGAGGUCUUCUCCUUGAGGUGCAUCAGUCUGGAAUUUAUGGGAUCAGGCAGGACACGUGCCGUGUGUUUGCUAGCACUGAUAAAGCCAGCAUGGCUGAAGCACACCCAAUUAAAUUACCCCAAAACACUAUUGUGGAGCUCUUUAGUGUUCAGAAGUUUAUUCACGAACUAAAACAGUUUAAAGAGAACAAAGGGAGGUCUCCUAACUAUACCAUCACAAUGUGCUUUGGAGAGAUUUUCCCAGAUGGAAAACCACUGGAGAAAAAGCUCAUUACAGUACAGGUGGUCCCGCUAAUCUUCCAAACCUUUCACGAGAAGGCCCAGAGUGAGGGAGCGUCUUCUCUGAACAGCGCAAAUGUCAGCCUCCAGUUGUCACACAACAGCUUCUAUGAUUUCAUUGCUUCACACUUGAGUCCACCAACAACUGAGUUUAGUUCAGAAUCCAAUUGAGAUUUUUUUCCCCCCACCCAUUUGCCAAUAAAUUCUUACUAAACGCCCACUGGAUUUUUUCCAAUUCCUUCCUUUUCUGUACCAUUAUUCUCACUAGGGUAAAUAAAGGGUGUGCUGGCACCUUCAUCUGUAAAUACGUUGACAUUUAAACUACAGUAUAUUGUAAUCAGGAUUUUAGGGUAAAUUACAUCUUAAAGGUCUACCGACACGUAAAGCAUGAUUUUUAGUAUGUUUUAAAUUUUUUUUAAAAAAGGCAGCCGAAAUGGACCCAUACGUUUUUUCAGCACACGUCAUGUCGUAUAUAGAUUUUUACAUCUCUCGCCAUGAAAAUCCUCUCGAGGCAUUUGUGUUGGAGAAGAACCAGGAAGUGAGGUUUUUUACAGUAGUGGGGUUGAGUGUUGAUAUUGGUUUAUACCUAUUGCACCAGCGAAAAAUGACUUGGCCUUUUCAUAGUGUUAGCCAAAAUGCUGGCUCGUCAUAUUGCUGGAUUUUGCUCAAACACUUGGGAGGGUGGAUUCACUCUUCGCACUUUUCCAAAACACUCGGUUCGUCGUGAAAUAUGGAUUGCAU